AUGUCCACCACCCCCAAACCCAACGACACAACACCCUCACCCGACACCGCACCAAUCCCAGCAACAAAACUCCUCGCCCACUUCGUCGCCACCGCAACACCCUCCUCCCACCUCACACCAGAGAUCAAGACGAAAGUAAACGAAGUCCUAAUAGACUACAUCGCCGUAACCCUCGGCGCAAUCACCAACGCGCCCUCCACGAAACCCAUCUACAACACCAUCCUCGCCCUCCAGGGUGGACCUAUUGCAAGCUCAGCGGGGAGACUUGCGAGUACAGUCAUAGGCCAUGGGAACCCCCACAUGCUGCCCCAAUACGCUGCUCUCCUAAAUUCUGCUCUGGCUCAUUCACUAGAUUUCGACGAUACCUACGCGGCGGGCACGCUGCAUGCGGGCGUUACGGCAGUCUCUGCGGCGAUGACGCAGUGGUUCAUGUUGGCGGUUAGUGUAGGGUACGAAGUCACAUGUCGGCUAGGGAGGGAAUUGGGCAUGGUCGCUUACGAGAGAGCUGUUGCUGCCAUCUCUGUGUUGAAGGGACUGGGGACGGGGGAUGUGGAGUGCGCGUUUGGGUUGGCGGGGAGUAAGGCGGGUGGGAGUAUGCAGUAUCUCGACAAUGGGGCGUGGAAUAAGAGGUUGCAUCCCGGCUUUGCGGUGUGUGAUGCGUUCAUGUGCGUCAGUCUCGCUGAGCAUGGAGUCCUGGGUGCGACGAGGGCGAUUGAGGGGGAGAUGGGAUUUUUGCAGGCUUAUAGUCCUGGGGAGAAAGAUUUGGGAAGGCUGGUGGGUGGGUUGGGCGAGGAGUGGUGUUGGUUGGAGACUUCUUUGAAGCCGUAUCCGGCGUGUAGGAUGACGCAUUGUUUCAUUGAAAUUGGGGGCAAGAUCUGUGAUGCGGAAAAGGGCGUGGCGGGGGAAUUGGUGAGGAGUGUUGAGAUGAGGAUGCCGAAGGCGAGUUUCUUGCUGGUGGGAGAUCCGACGCCGAACAAGGUGCACCCGGAUAACGCCGUUGAUGCGCAGUUCUCGGUAUACUUCCAGAUGGCGAACGCAUUAAUCCACGGGUCAACGACGGGGGUGCAGGCAUAUCAGAAGCUAGAGGAUCCAGAGAUUAGGGCGCUGUGCGAUGAGAUGGUGGUUGUAAUGGAUCCGGACAUGACGGGUCUCGCGGCGAAGGUCAAGGUGGAGUGGAUGAAUGGGAGGGUGGAUGAGUAUCAGCAGCAGUAUCCGCUUGGGGAGGUACAGCAUCCGUUCACGAGGGAUAGGGUUGAUGAGAAGUUCCAUUCGUUGGUUGAUCCGGUGUGUGGGGAGGAGAAGGCGCAGAGGAUUAUUGAUGUGGUUGAUGAUUUGGAGGGGUAUAGUGUGAAUGGUUUGUUCUUGCUGCUUCGCUGA